AUGGAGGAGUUCAAGAAAGAAAGAACUUUUCAUGAUGCAUGGGCAUUCAUCCUGUACGUCAUUCUCACACUUACAACAAGCGUCACGCUCGUGAAGAUUUCCUCGGGCAUACCAUUCGAUGCAAGCAUCAUCCUCCCAGGCCUGUCGGUAAAUGUUGGCAUCAUGCUUUUCAUGCUUACCCUGAUAUACUUGGGAUUUAGAUAUGCUGCCGAUGGAUUGAUAUUCACUGUACAUGUCUUUGUUCCAAUAAUAGUGCUUAUUGCAUCAAUAUUAACAGAGAACCUAACAGUGAUCUUCAUUUCUGCAGCACUGACGUGUGUUUCCUUACUGUUCUACUUCUGGAGUAUCAAGCCUGUACUUCCACUCAUGACAGUAUCAAUUCAGACUGGUGCAAAGAUAAUCUCUGGAAACUUGUUCAAGUGCAUCCUGCUGAUCAUGCUCUCUGUAUUCAUUAUCAUAUUCCAGGGAGUGGUGUUCACCGGCGUUGUUGGACAAGGAGCAGACGGAGCAGUAACCCUUUCGGUCAUCCUGUUCAUCCUCAACAAUACAUGGACAUUCUUCAAUAUUAUGUAUCUAGUACAGACAAUAGUGUCCGGCUUGGUGAUUGGGCAUCUCGUGGACGGAGAAGGAUCGUUUGCAGAGGCAUCACGCAAUGGACUGAUGGCUCUUGGAAGCAUCUCGUUUGCAGGGCUAGUCAUCAGCAUAAUCACCACUGCAAAGAUGAUUGUCCAAAGAAACAUGGAUAGAAACAGAGAGUCUGGCUCAGGAAACAUUCUCAACGCCAUAGUGCUUGUGAUUCUAAGCUCACUCGAAACAUUGAUAAACACGGCAAAUGAGCUGGCAUUCCCAUAUCUUGCAUUGCACGGCACAAACUACAGAGAUUCCAUGAGCGGAGCAUUCAACUUGAUCCAGGAGAAGCAGGGGAUUACUUUGCUGACGAACAUAGCAAUGGAAAGGGUUGUUAUGUUCUGUUGCAUCCAGUUUGUGUGCGUUCUGAUCUAUGGAGACUUGCUUCUGUUCAAAGCAUUAUCUAUCGACAAAAUUUCUGAUUCUAUGCUAACGACCAUUGCAGCAAUCGGAAUCCCUGUGAUUGUGUUUACAUAUAACUUCCUCUCUGUGUUUUCGUCAUCGACUCUUGCAUUAAUAUACACAUACAUUGAAUCUCCAUUGAUGGUUGAGAAGGCUGAACCUGAGUUUGCACAAGCCAUGGAGAGUGCUAAGUAA